CAAAGAGGAAAUACGCUCCGGAGCAGCGCCGAAACGAAAUCCCAGCAGCACAAGCGGUGCUAAGAAGAUGCAGACUCGACAGCUUCAAUGGGAUUAUGACAUUACAGCCUUCGGCACGGUGGGCGAUUCGGUCGGGAGGAGGAGGGAGGAGGGAAAAUGAAAUGAGAGGUCGGAAGAACGGGGGAGCGAUGGGGUAAAAAGGCUCGGGCGGACUUUGGCACCUGAGGAAGCGAGGGAAGGGAGGCGGCGGCAGCACACAAAAAAGAGGCCACAGUCGAAGCGGGCGGAUCGGCUGAUGGUGCCGGGGUGGAAAGGAAGACGUGGACUAAAGUGGAGACGGUCGAGGAUUGGAAGUCACCCGCAUCAGUCGGGAGCCAGAGCCAGCCCAGCACAGGCAGUCAGUGCAAAUGCCUCUUCCCCCCCCCAAAUCUCCCAGGUCGCUUCUCCGCAAAAAAAUAGGCACCCCGCCGCCACUGUCUUGCGCGCCGCGACGGCCUGGCAACCAGCCCGGCCCCGGCAGACAGCAGGAGCCGAUCAGCCCUCAACAGCUGCUAGUCAUUUCGAGGCGUCCGGAAUUUGCAACGCAUGCAUGCAUCGCACGAUUACAAAAUGUAUAACAAUAUCUGGUGUUUUCUGCUUGGGCGCCGGAAAGCGCUUCAGUGGGCGAUUCAGUUAUGGCUCUCCUGAUGCGUCCAACACUUGAGACACCUCGGUGCCUCAGCCCAAAGGACCUAAUCCGGCUCAAACCAGCCGCAGUUCGGUAGCCGGCCCGCCCAGCUCCAAAUC